AGAUAUAACAACAAUGAAAGGUACCAUUGUUGCUCAAGUGGAUUCGAGUGAGUCUUUCCAGGAGUUUUGCAGUACUUCGUGUUUAUCCUUCUAUGAAGAUAAACAGAAUCCCUCAAAAGGAGUUUUGAAUAAAUCAAGAUGCACUAUUUGUGGUAAACUAACUGAGAUUCGUCAUGAAGUUAGCUUUAAAAAUAUGACUCAUAAGCUGUGCAGUGACCAUUGCUUCAAUAGGUACAGGAUGGCAAAUGGUUUAAUAAUGAACUGCUGUGAGCAUUGUGGGGAGUAUUUGCCCAGUAAAGGAGCUGGAAACAAUAUUCUUACUAUUGAUGGUCAACAGAAAAGAUUUUGCUGUCAGAACUGCGUUGGUGAAUACAAGCAGAAAUAUGGCAAAUUAACAUCUUGUACUGGGUGCAGAGCUCAGUGCAGGUUUUUUGACAUGACACAGUGCAUAGGACCUAAUGGAUAUAUGGAGCCAUACUGCUCAACUGCAUGCAUGAACACACACAAAGCAAAAUAUGCAAACUCACAAAGUAUGGGAAUUAUUUGCCACUUUUGUAAACGAAACUCUUUACCUCAAUAUCAAGCCACAAUGCCUGAUGGAAAACUGUACAACUUUUGCAGUUCCAGUUGUGUAGCUAAAUUUCAGACUCUCAGUGUGCAGUCUUCGACAAAUGGUCAGUUUGUCUCUCCCAGUGAUAUUCAGUUGAAAUGUAAUUAUUGCAAAAGUUCUUUUUGUUCGAAGCCAGAAGUACUGGAGUGGGAGAACAAAGUGUAUCAGUUCUGCAGCAGAGGAUGUUCUGAUGACUAUAAGAAACUGCACUGCAUAGUUACAUACUGUGAAUACUGUCAAGAGGAGAAAACGCUGCAUGAGACGGUGAAUUUCUCUGGCAUCAAAAGACCAUUUUGUAGUGAAGGCUGCAAGCUGCUAUAUAAACAAGACUUUGCAAGACGGUUAGGACUGAGAUGUGUUACUUGUAAUUACUGCUCACAGCUGUGCAAAAAGGGAGCAACUAAGGAACUUGAUGGUGUAGUGAGAGAUUUCUGCAGUGAAGAGUGCUGUAAAAAAUUUCAGGACUGGUACUACAAGGCUGCACGAUGUGACUGUUGUAAGUCUCAAGGAACUCUCAAAGAGAAAGUGCAGUGGCGUGGCGAAAUGAAACACUUUUGUGAUCAGCACUGUUUGCUCCGUUUCUACUGUCAACAAAAUGAACCAAAUCUGGCAACUCAAAAAGGACCUGAGAACUUACACUAUGAUCAGGGCUGUCAAACCCCUCGAACAAAAGUAACAGGCUCAGCACCACCACCUUCUCCAACACCUAACAGAGAAAUGAAGAACAAGGCAGUUCUUUGCAAGCCUUUGACAAUGACGAAAGCCACGUACUGUAAACCUCAUAUGCAGACAAAAUCUUGUCAGACAGAAGAUGAUUGGAAAAAAGAGUAUGUCCCAGUGCCUAUUCCUGUACCUGUCUAUGUUCCGGUGCCUAUGAACAUGUAUAGUCAAAAUGUUCCUGUUCCUACGACAGUUCCUGUUCCUGUGCCAGUUCCAGUUUUCUUGCCCACUCCUGUGGAUAGCAGUGAGAAAAUCUUUGCUGCAAUAGAAGAGCUGAGGGGAAAAGUGCCCUCAAAUCCUCUGGAAACUGAGCUACUGAACUUGUCAGGGAUGGUACCUGAAAGUGAUGGAAAAGCUGAAGCUUGUGAUGUGGCCAGUGCCGUAGUUGAGUCAAAUCUACUAAACUCAGAAAGAGAGGUACAGACAAGCUUGCCUGAUGUUCCAUAUGAACCAGACCUUGAUAUUGAAGUAGACUUUCCAAGAGCAACUGAGGAGCUUGAUACAGAAAAUGAGUUUUUGUUACCACCUGUUUUUGGGGAAGAAUAUGAGGAACAGCCAAGGCCUCGGUCCAAAAAGAAGGGGGUGAAGAGGAAAGCGGUCUCAGAGUACCAGUCCCACGACGACAGCUCUGAAAACUCAGAGUGUAGUUUCCCGUUCAAAUACACGUAUGGUGUGAAUGCGUGGAAGCACUGGGUAAAGUCUCGGUAUUUAGAUGAAGAGCUUCCAGAAUUAGAGGAACUGAAAUCAACAAAGUCUGUGAAAUUAAAGGAAGAUCUAUUAUCACAUACUUCAGCUGAGUUAAACUAUGGGUUGACACAUUUUGUCAAUGAAAUUCGAAGGCCAAAUGGAGAGAACUAUGCACCUGACAGCAUCUAUUAUCUGUGUCUUGGGAUUCAGGAGUAUUUAUAUGGAAGUAAUCGAAAAGACAACAUAUUUAUUGAUCCAAUCUACCAGACGUUUGAACAGGAAUUAUGUAAAAUCCUUAGAAGCUGGCAACCGAGCAUACUUCCAGAUGGAUCAAUAUUCUCUCGAGUUGAAGAAGAUUACCUUUGGAGGAUUAAACAGCUAGGAUCCCAUUCACCGGUUGCUCUUCUGAAUACUCUGUUCUACUUUAACACUAAAUAUUUUGGCCUGAAAACAGUGGAGCAGCACUUAAGACUUUCUUUUGGCACUGUUUUUAGACAGUGGAAGAAAAAUCCUCUAACAAUGGAAAGCAAAGCUUGUCUUCGAUACCAAGUGUCUUCCCUGUGCAGAGCUGAUAGUGAAGAUAAAAUUACCACUGGAAAAAGGAAACAUGAAGAUGAUGAGCCAGUAUUUGAACAAAUUGAAAACACGUCUGAUCCAGCUAGAUGCCCUGUCAAAAUGUUUGAGUGCUAUCUGUCUAAAAGUCCACAGAAUCUGAAUCAGAGGACGGACAUGUUCUAUCUGCAACCAGAGUGCUCCGUCUCCGCGGAGAGUCCCAUCUGGUACACUGCCACUUCACUGGACCGCAACACUUUGGAAAAUAUGCUCGUACGGGUUCUUUUAGUAAAAGAUAUUUAUGAUAAAGACAAUUAUGAACUGGAUGAAGACAUAGAUUAAAACAAACUUCCAAAAAACGUCAAGAAAACAAACAGCAUUAGAUAUAGUCAUGCUGCUAGACCUUUACUAUGGAAAACAUUUCAAGUUUACCCUUUGUUUUUGUAGCAGUGUGUACCCUCACCUGGGUAUUACCGUGUAAAUAGUCUGUGAGUGAAAGUUUCCAUUAUUCUGCAUAGUGGUCUUAGGAUACAUAACAAACACAUUUCAGAUUCUUUUUUUAUUAUUUAUUUGACUAGGUAUGUUUGUAACUUUUUACAUUGCAAAAUAUGAAUGAGAAUGUGCCAUGUGUAAUUUUUUUUUCCGUUGUAGUAAUAGACAUCCAUAUUGCACAACUCCGCUGUCGGAAGCUCCCUUGAAAGGAGGCUCUUUUAAUGGGUUCUUAAACCAGAUGGUUGUGUAUGGGGUAGCACUACUAAAGUUUAGAACUUGCUGUGUCUUUCAGAAUUUUUAAAUAAAUUGUAAACUAAUAGGUUUUUUACUUUUUAGUUACUGAAGCCUUAUAAGGUUAUGUAGAGAGAUUCCAUCUUAUGUACCAAAAAUAGACAAAAGAGAAUGCUGUCAAUAUUGGUGUACUGUAAUGUGAAUCUAUUCUGGUGAAAACUCUUUUUUUUUGUUGCCCUUAUUAAAACCUUAGUGUCCUUUCCUUA